CCGUUGACAGACAGACGGACGCACAGGGAAAGCUUAGUAAUGUACAAAAUACACCCUUCUUAUUUUGUGGAACCCUAAAAAUCAAAAAUAAAGGUACAUUUACAAGUUACAGCACUUUACAGUGACCAGAAUGUGAUCGUGAAGCGCUUGAUAGAUCAAAAAAACUAAAAUCUUGAGUUCCUGACUACCAGUGGAUUUUGCGUGUAUCAGUCAGUCAGUCAGCGAUCAGUCGUAGUCAUGUAGUCAGUGUGAUUAUUUCAUGAUCAUAAUUAAUUGAUUGAGUGAACUGCGUACCUACUGUUAAAAUACAUAAUAUAUUGAUAUUUAGGUGUCCGAACCACAAAAGUGAAGUAAAUGAUCAAAAAUCUACUUAAAUUAUUCAGAAUAAUGGUGUUAUGGUGUACUAUGUGAAUAGAACAGUGACAAAAUGGUAUUUAUUUCAAACUCAUCAAAUGUUAGCUCGCUAAUCCUACUUCGAUCUUUUUAAUAUUAGGAGCCAUUUACACAUGGCGAAAAGUCACGUAGGCAUUAUAAAUUUUUUUGGCGUGGACUAAAUCGCGUGUGAUUUUCUUUUGUUGUGGUGACGAAUAGAAGAUCUAACAAACAUGGAUAGCAAAAAUAUUCAAAAAAAUGCUAUGCAGAAAAGCGCUGAAUUUACUUUCACUCCGCCGCCCGAAGCCCCUGUAUUCGAGCCUACUCCUGAAGAAUUCAUGGACCCUCUGGGAUAUAUCGCGAGAAUUCGUCCCGUAGCGGAAAAGACAGGCAUUUGCAAAAUAAAACCACCAGCUAGCUGGCAGCCACCCUUUUCUCUCGAUGUCGAUAAAUUAAAAUUUGUUCCACGAAUUCAAAAAGUUAAUGAGUUGGAAGCCAUAACACGCUUGAAACUGUUGUUUCUUGAAAAAAUAUUGAAGUUUUGGGAAUUACAAGGUUCACCAUUAAAGAUGCCUAUGAUUGAAAACAAAACCCUAGAUUUGUACUGCUUAAAAUUUUGGGUAGAUGAAGAAGGUGGGUUUGAAAAUUGCAACAGUCCCAAAAAAUGGCGUAAGAUUGCUACCACAAUGGGGUAUAGCCAGAGCGCAAUUACCAUGAAUUUUCUUAGGAGUAAUUAUGAAAAGAUUCUUCUUCCAUAUGAAAUAUUUGAAAAAAGCAAAGCAGACAUUUUAAAAACUGUGAAGAAGGCUGAAACUAAAUCAGACAUUAAAGAUGAUGGUGAAAAUGCGAAGGAAAUGUUUAAGGAAAUAUGCAUAGAAUCAAUAAAAAAUGAAAAUGAAAAACCACAUACAAGUAUCAAAAAAAUGAAAACAGGUUCUGAUAUUAAAGUAGACCUUGACUGCCCUAAAGUAGAUUCUGAAGAAGUGAGGCGUACAAGAGAGCUGAGAAGACUUGCCUGCUAUGGCCCCGGCCCAAAAAUGCCUGGACUGAAUGAUGAAGAGUUUGAUAUAACAAAGUCUCGAAAGCGACCUAGAUAUGACUUGGAUCCUUUGGCCAUUUACGUUUGUGCCAUCUGCCAGAAAGAUCAUAGAGAUGAUUUACUUUUGAUAUGUAAUGGAUGUUCAGAUACUUACCACACAUUUUGUCUGAAACCUCCGUUGAGUGUGGUUCCUGAUGGAGACUGGCGUUGUCCAUGUUGUAUUGCUGAAGUAGUCCAUAAACCCGCUGAAGCAUUUGGCUUUGCUCAGGCAGAAAGGGAAUAUACUCUACAACAAUUUGGUGAUAUGGCAGAUAAAUUUAAAUCUGACUAUUUCGGAAUGUCUGGGCAUUUAGUGCCAACAAACGUUGCAGAAAAAGAAUUUUGGAGGAUAAUAUCUUCUGUUGAAGAGGAUGUAACGGUGGAAUAUGGGGCAGAUUUGCACUCUAUGGACCAUGGUUCAGGAUUUCCUACAAAGUCAUCAUUAAAUUUGUACCCUGGAGAUCAAGAAUAUGUGGAUUCAGGUUGGAAUUUAAAUAACCUGCCAGUUUUAGAGGGAUCUGUGUUAAGAUUUAUAAAUGCAGACAUAUCAGGUAUGACAGUACCAUGGAUGUAUGUAGGUAUGUGUUUUUCUGCAUUUUGUUGGCACAAUGAAGAUCAUUGGAGCUAUUCAAUCAAUUACUUGCACUGGGGUGAAGCUAAAACGUGGUAUGGUGUACCAGGUAGUGGUGCUGAGCUCCUAGAAACUGCUAUGAAAGCAGCAGCUCCUGAUCUUUUCAAAACACAACCUGAUUUGUUGCAUCAAUUAGUAACAAUAAUGAACCCCAACAUAUUGAUGGCAGCAGGAGUGCCAAUAUACAGAACAGACCAACAUGCUGGGGAAUUUGUCGUAACAUUUCCUAGGGCUUAUCAUGCUGGCUUUAAUCAGGGCUACAAUUUUGCAGAAGCGGUUAACUUUGCACCUCCUGAUUGGCUCAAAAUCGGACGUGAUUGCAUAAUACAUUACAAAAACUUAAAAAGAUUCUGUGUUUUUUCACAUGAUGAACUUAUUUGCAAAAUGGCAUUAGAAGGUGAUCGUCUGGAUUUAGAGACUGCCUUAGAAACACAAAAGGAACUGGUUCACGCGACAGAAGAAGAAGGGCGAUUGAGGGCUCUAAUUGUAAGCAAUGGCUUAACAAAUGUUCGAAGAACAGCAUUUGAGUUGCUCGGUGAUGAUGAACGACUCUGUGAAGUUUGUAAAACAACAUGCUUUUUGUCAUCUGUGUCAUGUGCAGAGUGUAAGCACAUGGCCUGCUUACAACACACUCACUCUGAACAGUUUUGUUCGUGUGCUUUAGCCAAGAAAACUUUAUUUUAUCGUUAUGACAUGGAUGAAUUGCACAUUAUGUUGCAGACAAUUGAUUUCAGAGUAAACAGUUUUGACAAAUGGAUGACUGAAACCAAAAAUAUUCUAUUGCCAACUGCACCGGAUAUUGGCAGACUUCAUAAAUUAAAAAUGUUAAUAGAUGAAGCAGAAGAACUCAAAAUACCAAAGUGUACUCUAUUGACUCAAUUAAAGGAAGAAUACACAAAAGCGUCUCUUAAUGCUGAAACAAUUGUAAUAGAAUUGGAUGAUGAUUGAAAUAAUGCUUAAUUCAAAUGACUGAGCAUUACUUAGUACAAAGUAUAAAUUGAAUUAUUUUGAUAUUACUUAAUGUAUGGAUUUAAAGCACUAGGCUAGGUUAAAUAAACAACAACUUAUUACCCAAUGCAAAUGUUAAUGACAUGCCACACCCUUUUCUGAAAAGAAUUUACAGUAUUGCUAAUUCAAUAUCAUGAUUUAUAAAUUGGGCAUACAACAAAUAAAACUGAUAUGUGUAUAUUUGAAUUUUUUUUUUAAAUGAAUAAUGAAUGAAUAUUUUUUCACAUGGAAAAUUCUACAAACUCUUGAAUGGGGUAUGGCUUGUUGUAAGCAUUUGCCUGGAGUUGCAAUACAGUAACUGCUGUUAUAUAUCUAAAAAGCUGUUAAA